CAUUUUCUUGUUUGUGUGUGUGUGCUAGCAGUGUGUAGAAGAAAUUUUUUCCAAAGAAAAAAUUCUUGCUGAUCCUAAGCAAUCUUUAAAAAUCAUCGGUCAUCCGUUAGUUAAAUUGUGCAAUUACGGAUCGAUUAAACCGACAGAACAAUAACCAAACCAAUAAUAACCAUGGAGAAUUCGUAUGGCAUUGGCAUAACGAAUCGUUACGAUUUGUUUUGCAUGGACGAUGAUGCCAAUGAUAUGGAAUCGAUAUUAUCGAAAAAAGCGAAACAACAGAAAAAAGCCGCGGCAGCUGCUGCAAAGGCCACUGCAAGCGUUAACGAGAAGGAGAAUAAGGUAGCAGCUACAGUCAUUAAGCCCCCACAGUCCGCAGCCCCUGUAAAGGGCACUCAACAACAAAAUGGACAACCUCCAAAAUCAACACGGCCAAUUAAAGAAACCCAGAAUAUUCGCAGCAACUCUGAUAAAGGACCACGUGAAGAAAAAUCGAAGGACGGCAAGACAUUUGAUCGGAACACGGCACCAGCUAACAAACCUAAUGGCGAAACUCGUGAGCAACGUUACAAUCGACGUAACAGAGAUGACACCAACAGAACACAAUCGACACAACAGUACAAUGGAAAUGCGACGAACAACCAAGCUGGCAAUAACAAUAAUCUAUCGGAACAAAAUAGCAAUCACCGGAACGAUGAUCGACCUCCGCGACGUGUUGGCAAUUAUACUGGUGGCAACGAACGACGCGGUGGUGACGGACAACGACGAACAUUUGAAGGCCGUGGAAAACGUGAAUUUGACAGACAAUCGGGAUCGGAAAAGACUGGUGUUAAGGCAAUUGACAAACGUGAAGGUGGCGGAGCACACAAUUGGGGCACACACAAACAGGAUAUCGAAGACUUAAAUAAAACGAAUCCGGAAUGGGAUCCAGAGAAAGACACUAAAGAGGAAGGAACUGCUGCUGAUGGAACUGCUACCAAGGACGAAACCGAAGCACAACAAUCGCCCGCUGAAGAGGAAACCAAAGAAAUUACAUUGGACGAAUGGAAGGCACAACGAGCUAUUCGCGCCAAACCACAAUUCAACAUACGUAAAGCCGGUGAAGGAGAGGACACAUCACAAUGGAAAAAAAUGAUUGCCUUGCAAAAUCGAAAGAAAAAGGAUGAUGACAAUAGCGAUGAUGAAUUGGAAUAUGAUCCGUCCAUGUAUCCGCAACGAGUAGGACGUCAAAAGCAUGUUUUGGACAUUGAGUUUCACUUCAACGAUGGCAGACGUGGUGGUUUGAAUCGUGGCCGUGGAGGUCGUCCACGUGUUGGUGCCGGUCCACCUGGUGCAACCGGAGAGCGAGCCGAGCGAAGAGGACCGAAUCGCAAUCGUAAUGAGCGUAAUGAACGUAAUGAACGUAAUGAUAACGAGGGCAACGAGCGAUCCGAAGGAGAGCGACCAGCUCGCCCACCACGUGGAGAAAGACGUGGACCGUAUGGAGGCGACGAUAGACGUGGUGGUGGUCAUGGACAAAAUGCACCGAAAGUUGAUGACGAGCACGAUUUCCCAUCUUUGAACUAAAUUAUACCCGCAAACAAAAUACCACUCAAAUUUACUUGAUCGCUUACCAUCUAUACACUGCAUCAACAACAUCAAAUUGCAACAUCUAAAAUAGAGACUGAGAUAAAUGCGGAGGGGGCUUAUGCGACAGUAACAAAAAUUACAAGAAAAUGACCGACAUUAAAAAUUUAAGUUUGAAACAAUCUUCCUCAUAAGACUCAGUGUUGUCAGGAUGAAAAAAAAAAUUAAUUCAAAAAGUGAAAGUUGUGCAAAGAAUUGGAUUUUGAGGGGUAGACAGAAAAAGGGAACCGGAAAGAUGAUGAAACAUUUUUUUUGUUUUAAAUAUAUAAAGUGGAUGUCAUGUGGAUGUCGGAACUAGCUUUGGAUGUCCAUUCUAUCUGGAAUGGAAGGAUUAUUUUGACUGCGUCGUUGACUGUGAUUCUUCCACUCGUUCUGUAAGUAACACAACAACAGACCAAAACUUUGUUCAAUAUUUUAAUAAGCAGCCAGUUCAUUGUAAGUUUUGCUUUUGUAGAAAAUAUUUAGUGGAAUUUUUUCUGUUUUAUUAAAUUAAAGUUUUAAUAAAAGGCAAACUCAUUCUUAUAAUUAUGAACCGAUAGGCGAUUACUUUAUGGCUUGAAACGACAAAUUGCAAACCCAGAGCAAAUUGCUAAGACAACUCAGUAUUGUUAUUACGUUUAAAAGGAAGAUCCUCAUCCGACACUUUAAAUAUUAUCCAGCGAUCAGUCUAUACGUAAAACGAAUGCACUUGUGACAUCAAAUGAUGGAAUCAUGAUGUAAAAAGCUUCAUAAAAAUCUUUUGUAUUGAUGCAAUUGAAAAUAGAAGCUAAAGUUUGGCAUAAUGAAUUCAGUGGGAGACACUUCUGACUUCUGUGAAACAUUUGACCAAUUUUCUCAAAAUUUCAACCAAACUAAAUUUUUUGGAAAAUUCUAGUAUUAACGAAAUGAAUUGAAGGAUUUCAAUAAGAAAAUCGGACUCAAAAUUGCGAGACCACAAAGACUGCAACAAGCUCUAUUGAAUUUUAAGUAAUUCUGUCAAUGUCAAGAGGACAAAAAGUGCGUUCGAUUUUAUCAAAUUCGAUGAAUCCAACAACCUCAAAAAUACAAUUAAAAAUUCUCAUCAACUUUCCGGUCAGCUCAUAACAUUAUUAAUUUUUUUUUUAAUUUAAUCUCAUUGCAUUGUCUUAGUCACUGGAAUAUCGCAAUUUAAACUGUGAAAUGCUUAAGAUUCAGCUCAGUUUUGGCGGAUAAGAUUCUUAUUGAAGCAUAUACAUCCAGAGACUUAGACGACGAGGUAGAUUUUUCUGAUCAUUUUGUUUGGUUCAUUUAAUCUAACAGUUUGUUGUUAUUGACGGUUUUCAUUUCGAUGACAAUUUAAUUUCUGAGUCAUUAGUCCAUAGUCAAAUUACUCAUCAACGCUGUUGUGGUAUAUAAUGUAAAACCAAACAAGAAGAUAAUAAUUACGUAAUAUCCCACAAUUAUGAGCUGUAACGCAUCAUUUACAUACUAAAAAAAAAUAAUUUUAUUCUUUGCCAGUGCCAAUUUGUUUUGUAAUUUUUUUUCUCUGAUAUCAAUCAACUUAUGUGUAAAUAUAUUAAAAGUAAAAAAACAAAAAAAAAUAUUUGAAUUUGAAGGAGUGUAUCAAAACAAAAAAGAAAGAAGAAGAAAAAGAAAAUUCAAGAAGAAGGAAAAAUGUCAUUUUCAUCGCGUUAAUUAAAUUCAAUUAGUAAUUAAAAAAAAAAAAACAUUUAACUAAUUAAAUAAAAUGGGGAAAAUGUCGUGGGGUGUGAAAAUAGCAACACAUCAACGAGAGACAACGGAUAAAAACAUUUAGAAAAUGGAAGAAUGGAUGGAAAGAGAACAACAAAUUCUAAUAUUAUGAAAGUUAUGUACUAAUUUAGUGAAAAAAUCAUCAUCAAGUCAUCGUAAAGAAAAUUAUUGUGGCGAAGAUGUAAUGAAAAAAAUUUUUUUUUGUUGUUUUGGAAUGAACUGUUGUGCUUUUCGUUUUUCUAUAAUUUCAUUUUAUGUUUGUUUUGUGAAUUCGUAAUUUUGUUCUAUAAUAAUUUGAAGAUGCGCGUGUCUUACUUAAUCGAUUCCGUUAUCAUCAAACGUCUUAGUUUUUGUGCAUCAGAAAAUAUUUACAGAAACAAAAAAUCAAAUGACAUAAAUGUUAUAUUACUAAUACUAUAGCCAUUUUUUCAACUUUACAAUGAAUAAGUUAAUUAUAACGAUUUCGAAUCCAUCUACUUGGCACCCAAGGUAUUUUAUUUUUCUUCUUUUGUUUCAAAUAAAUUGAUAGUUCGAAAUCAAACAAAAAAGAAAUAUUUCUAAUUAUGACUUAUGUUCCAAGAAGAAGACGAUUCGUUUUGUGUUUUUUUAGCCUAACUUUUUUUUUGUAGCCUAAUGCUGAGUAUAAUGCGCUAACAUUGUGAUCACAUGUGAACAAACGUUUUAUUUUGUCAAUUUUUUUUUUUUAAUAAAAUAUUUGCUCAGACUAAAAGAACAUUGUGGACUAUGUUUAGGGGGGGAUAAGCAUUUCAAAUCGAUGAGUUUUCUUAUUCACAACACAUUUUAACACACAUGGUUCUGUAUUCGCGACACCAUAUGCAUUUGGGAAAACAACACACUGUGAGAGAGAGGGCCAUAUUGUCAUAUUGUAAUCUCUAUUUUUCAUCAUUAUCAACCAUUCAACAUCACGAUCAAAUUGAAACAAAAAA